CGCGAUUAAUUUUCCCACAAUGCAACGGGUAUCUGUCAUGGCUGCUCACUGAUGCUGCUCGCACCACAUGGGUAGAAAUAAACACUUUCCCUGCGAUUGAGGAAAAACCAAGUCUCUACGUCAAUACAGCGGCAGCGGCGGGAGCAGCAGGAGCACACACACGUUCUCAGUCAGUGGAGGUGAUCGGAAGUAAUGCCUCUGGACGUGGAGAUCCCGGUGCUGCGAGGGUUUUUAACGAGCACCGAGGCAGCGGAAUGGAAGCAGGGUGUUCACUGUACUGCGGAUGCAGCUUCUCUUCUGGAGUCCUUGAUCGACGGGGACUUCGAGGCAGUUCUACUCAGCCCCCAGUCGUUAGAUUUGCUCAAGAGUGAUGGCAGCUGCUGUGAUGGGGAGAAGAUUGAUGCCUACUUGGAAAAACAGCUCCUGUCAUACCUGACCAAUGGCACCGAGGAUGACCGGGCCAACAGGGAGCUGACAGUGAUGGCCCUGGCUGUGGCCUCACUCCACCUGUUUGCCCAAAGUAACUGGACCGGUCCUCCAGUUUCCAUCCAGGCGUCCGACUUUCUGCCAGCCGCCUUGCUUUCUGCUCAGCCCCAAACAUUAAAUGAGGCCGUCCUCUCCUGCCUGCUUCUGGAUGGGGAGUCGGUAUACAGCCUGGUGGCCAACCCCUUCCUGCUCCUGCUGGCCAGGAUUAUUCUCACCAAAUGCUCGUCUGAAAUGGAAAGCCUUCAGCUGCUGCCCUGGUGGACCCUUCGCUACAUCAACCUACAUCAACAGAUCCUGGAGGCUCGUUCGCCGCAGCUCCUCAGUUUGGCCAAGAGUAGCGUGGACAAAGUGCUGAAACACGCCUCUGUGUUGUCGAGGAAUUUGGCAAUCCACUUUCAUCUGGAGUGCGUCUACAUCAAUCUCACCUACUACGAGUACCAGCCAGCCAAGGAACACAUCGUGAAGGCCCAAGAGCUCUCUGGGCUGGACGUCAACAUGACAGGUGCUCUGGGGAAAAGGACCCGGUUUCAGCAGAAGGAUUUAGCUCAGCUCAUCCUUGAGAUCAAACGGAAGCAGGACCACGGUGAGAAGAUGGAUGACCAAGACAGUCCCAGUCCUACGCCUGUGUCCAGUCUACCUAAGGAUCUCCUUCUCGGUGAUGACACGGUGCUGGACAGAAUCAGUUUAGCAGAACCAGAUCAAUAUGAGAUUUCAGACCUCAGCGCCGAGGAGCAGGCAGUCGUUCUGGGGAUCUGUUAUGAUUUCCAAAAGAAUAAUCCAGUCCACAAACUCACUGAGGAGGAACUUCUGGCCUUCACAUCGUUUUUAUUGUCCCAGUCUAAAUUCUGGGCUGUUGAAGUCACCGCACUCUGCCUCAGGACCAAACUGGAGAGAGGAAGUUCUCGUCGUGUUGAAAGAGCCAUGACCCAAACUCAGGUUCUGGUAGACUUCUUUGAAGACAAGUCGUGUUCCGUUACCGAACGCCUUAAAAUCUUCUAUUGCUGUCAAGCCCCGGCCAGAUGGGUCGUCCAUAAACAGCUGGCCAGCCUGCUGACAGACCUCGGCUGCACCAGCUCAGCUCUCCUCAUGUAUGAAAAACUUGAGCUGUGGGAGGACGUGGUCAUCUGCUACGAGCAGCUCGGCCAACAUGGCAAGGCAGAAGAGAUUGUACGCAGAGAGUUGGAGAAGAAGGAGACACCCAGUCUGUUUUGCCUACUGGGAGACAUCCUAAGGGACCAUCAGUACUACGACCGAGCAUGGGAGCUGUCGGGCCAGCGCAGCGCCAGGGCGAUGCGGUCCAAAGCCCUGCUGCACCUGCAACGCAAGGAGUUCCAGCAGUGCGCCGACUGCUUUCAGAGGUCACUGAAGAUCAACUCCCUGCAGCUCGGUGUGUGGUUUUCUCUUGGCUGUGCCUACUUGGCUCUGCAGAACUAUGAAGGAGCUGCCCGGGCUUUCCAGAGGUGUGUGGGACUGGAGCCUGAUAAUGCCGAAGCGUGGAACAACCUCUCCUCAGCUUACAUCCGCCUCCAAAAGAAAGACAAAGCCUUCCGUACGCUGCAGGAAGCCCUAAAGUGUAACUACGAGCACUGGCAGAUCUGGGAGAACUUCAUCGUCGUGAGCGCCGACGUUGGGGCUUUUGCUGAAACCUUGAAGGCCUACCACCGGCUGAUGGACGUCAGGGAAAACUACAAGGACGUUGAGAUUUUACAGGUUCUUGUAAAAUCGGUUGUUGAAAACCUAGUGGACAACCAGGGAGUACAGGCAGCGAGCUACGGGAACAAGCUGAAGGAACUCCUCGGUCGGAUCAGUUCCCGGCACAGCAGCGACGCCGAGGUGUGGCGGCUGUACGCCCUGCUGUACGGUAACGGCAGCAGCUCCAACCCGGAGGACAAUGAAAAGGCUCUCCAGUUUUUAGCCAAGGCCCAUCGCUGCAAGGUUCAGGCUGGUGGCUGGGAGACAGAGCCUGCUCUCUUCAAGGAAGUGAUUGAAAAAGCCAUUCACAUGGGGCAAGUGACCAGCUGUUGCAGUAAGUCCAAGGCUAAUCCAGCUGAAGCUCUGCAGAUGCUGUCGUCCACCAGGCUAUCGCUGCGUAGUCUGGCUACCAAAGCCAAGCAAAUGCACACAGAUGUGGCCACAGGUCAGAUCCACAGUGAGCUGCAGGAAGGUGUCGCCGCUCUGGAGCGAGUCAUCGCAGACCUGCAGGAGCUGAGUGUAAAUCUGCGUCCACCAACACAGUGACCAGACCCGAGAGUUCCACCUUUAACAGAGCUGACAGUGAAAGUCCAACCACAAAUGUCCCUUCGCCUUAUUAAAUAUAUUUAACUGUGAGGUGGAGUCACUUCACUAAUCAUGAUAUUUUUUUGUUAUCUGUAAGUCCUCAGUAGAAACCUGGGAAAUAAAAACGAUCACGUGACUUUUAA